GCUUAAUAUUCCGGUAUAUAAAAAUAUCCCCCCUAGCCAAUAUAUGACAUCGACCCGCGUUCGACUGUCCUCGUUCCCGUCGAAGCUUGGAACGAACACGCCGUAGUUUACUCCGACGUCGUUGCGGCAUGGCGCGGAUCUUCUCCCGCUGAGCUCCACCGCUGCUCGAUGGCGAACACGGAGGAGUCGCCUCUCCGGAUCACUCCCACCGUACGGGCGCUGAGCUCCGCACUGCGGGCCACGCGUGGAAAUGUCCGCGGCGGCGUCCGGAGAGGAGUCGGCGGCGACAAGACGUUCCCCGAGCCGGAGAAACUGUGGUUUAAGGAGAGCAGCGCCAAGAACCUCCGAAGCAGAGACUUCUUGUCGGCCAGCACCAUGCUCAACACUCUCUAUGCGGACGGACAGGUUCCUCCAGCAGUGAUGACCAGGGUCCUGUCAGUGUGCGGCCGCGGCGUCCUCCCAGUGGCGGGUGGAGAGGUGAUGGAUGAAGGUCUGAGGGUGAGGGUGGACCGGGCCGCCGCUUUCAAGGCCGUGCUGGCGGGCGGCGCUACGGAUUACCUGGCGCCCAGUGCCCUGAGGCAGGGCUGUGUGGUGCUCAACUGUCCCGCCCUGCACCCUAAACCCAACCCCCCUACUCCUGACAGCCUCACUCUGGGUCAGCUCAGGACCAUUCUGUUGGCUGACCACAUGGGGGCACUGUUGAGAGGGCAAGGAUUUUCAGUGUCCCUCUGCCCCGUGCUCCCGGAAGACGGCGACACGGUCAACUUCCUCCGCAGUCUGGGCAUCGACUGGCCCACCUGCCCGGCCGACUGGACCAACAAGGAGCGCGAGGAGAAGAUCCAAGAAGCGUUGGAAAAGUCCGCGUACAGAGAGAGAGAAACGGAGAGCGGCAGGAAGACCAGCGCAGGGCGAGGGAGGAAGAAGGCGGACGAGGGCGAGAACGAAGCGGCGGUCAGGGUUAACUUGAAGCGAGUGUUUCAGGACGAGGGGCUGCAAGGAUACGAUCCCAGCCUGGGAACAUGCACAGUACACAGAGACAGUGUCUCCCACCUGGCACAGCUGGACUUGGCCACAGCUGACUGCACCGUCGUCAUGGCGACCGCCUUGCACGUGACCUCCUGUCAGGAUGAGUUCCGCCAGCAGCAGAUAGCGAUGCUGUGGAGAGCCAGUGGAGCGACACACACGCAGAGACAUCUGGUGUGUGGGCCUGUGAAGACUCCUGCUUCUCAGCUCUCUGCUGCACAGUACCUGCAACUGAGAAGAGGUCAAAUGAAGGAGGCCUCCGAGAUGAAGUAUGGAGAUCAAGUAGAAGGUCAGACGUGGGAUGACAUCAUCAGGGUGAUGACCUCGGCUACAAUCAGAUUCGAGCUGCUAUCCACCGUCCACACCAGUCCUGUGACUCUGGACGUCCAAAGGGAAGGGGGCGUGUCCACCAAAGGGCCGCGAGGAGGAGUGUUUGUGAUGUACAACUGCGCCCGACUGCACACGCUGUUUGACAGCUACGAUAGAGGAGUGGAGAAAGGUCUGUACCCAGAAAUCCCAGAUGGUUCAGAACUGGACUUCUCUGCCCUCAAAGAAGAGGGCGAGUGGCUCCUCCUCUUCAAUUACCUCAUUCCCUUUUCUGAGCUGCUGGACCAAUCAGGGCAGGCGUUAGACUGUGAAGGAGGCGUGGCUAGAGUCAAUCUUAAAACGGAGCAGAUCUGCAAGUUUCUGGUGUCUCUCAGUAAAGACUUCAGCUCGUACUACAACAGAGUCCAUGUACUGGGGGAACCGCUGCCUCACCUCUUCAACCAGAUGUUCUGCCGCCUGUAUCUCUUGAGAGCCUUGCGAGAGCUCUACCACAGCGCCCUGGAAACACUCAACCUUCCCCCCAUCCCGCAACUAUAGCCUCGCCGCCUUUCUCUCUCUCUCUCUCUCUCUCUCUCUCUUUGUCACCCACUCACGCAUUCCACCAGUUAUGACCUCCCUGCUUUUUUAAAUUCAGUGUUGAAAUGAUAUUACUGUACAGCAGGGGUGUCCAAACUUUUUCCACUGAGGUCCGCACAUUGAAAAAUCAAAGUACACUGGGGCCAAGUUGAUAUUUUUUUCAUUUCCAAACCAAUACAAUAUACACUUUUUAAAAAAUUUUUUAUUAUCGGGGCUCCCUCAAGUUAGGUCUUAAGGACCCAGAAGGGUUUCAGUCUUAAACAAGUUUCAAUAUAAGUCAUAUUUUUUUUUUUUUCAUAAAACCCUUGAAUCGCUAAUUCUACUAUUGGGGCGGAAUAGCUCGGUUGGUAGAGUGGCCGUGCCAGCAACUUGAGGGUUGCAGGUUCGAUUCCCGCUUGUGCCAUCCUAGUUACUGCCGUUGUGUCCUUGGGCAAGACACUUUACCCACCUGCUCCCAGUGCCACCCACACUGGUUUAAAUGUAACUUAGAUAUUGGGUUUCACUAUGUAAAGCGCUUUGAGUCACUUGAGAAAAGCGCUAUAUAAAUAUAAUUCACGAUUCACUUCACUUCAUUAUUUGUUUUACUUUUUACGAGCUUUUUGUCGAAACCCUAUUUUUUAGGCAAAAUACAAAAUACACAAUAUUUUUCCCAAAAAGAUUUUCAAAGUGAAAUAUUUAAUGUGAAGUAAUUGGAUCCCUAAAUAGGUCAAUAAUUCAUAGCAAAAUGUAUUUGAAUUUAUUAUUAUUAUUAUUAUUUUUUUUUAGCAAAGCGAUCCAAAAGUGCCCCACUCAUAAAAAGGUCAUGCUUUUUAAUUUGUAUUUAAAUUUUUUUUCAUUCAACACUUACAUCUCUAUAUCAGCUUCAGAUAAUAUAUUGUAAUUGGUUUAGUAUAUUUAUAAUAACAAUCAAUAGGACAAUUAGUAUUAGUAUGGACAUUUUUUUUCUUUCUAAUUUUCAUAUUUUUCACGUUUUUAUGUUUGUUGCAUUUAUGUUCUUUUAGUCCUUCAAUCAAUCAACAAUUUAUAGCAACAUUGAUUUUUAUUCAUUAUUAUUUUUGGAGAAAUUAUUUUAAAAAUGGUGUUAUUAGAGUCAACAAUGCAACUUUUUCUCCUUGCAUUUCACCUAUUUGCUCUUUUAUUCCACUUUUUAAUGGUCAAAAAAAAAAUAUAUAUAUAUUUUAUUAUUUUUAGAUUGAUGUGCUGCGGGCCACGAAUGGCCCCCGGGCCACACUUUGGACACCCCUGCUGUACAGUCAAUGAGAACAUUCUCCUUACUGCUCACUAUGCACCCAAACACACCAUAAAGAAAACAAUACCAAAUGUACGCACCAGUAUUUCCCCUAAAAUGUCGGUUUUUGCAGUAGUUUCUAAUAGUUCUCCCUUUGUUGUUAUUUAACCAUUUCACCACUGAAAAGAACCUGCUUUUAAUGAAUCCACCUUGUAUUUAUGAAUGCCACAUAAUAUUUAUUGAGGCGUGUACAGAAUAGAUAUUACACAUAUACUAUACCGUGUUAAAAGAAGAUAUUGCACGACAUGGCAUGGAAAUGAUGUCUGUGAUUGACAGGGUUCUUCGUGUCAAACAUGCAAAAUAGUGACUUUUUAUUGACUGUUAGUGUCGUGUCGCCACUUCACUCCUGCUAAGAUGUGCCAUAGCUUGUCCGCAACUCCAAACCGGACCGCAACCACAUUUUCCUGACUGCAUGAACUGAAACGUUGCGUCUUAAACUGCCUUUUCCUCCUCCUGUUUACAUGACACUGAGAGCGGAUGGAUUCACUGUAACCGUUACCAGCCCCCAUCAUUAUGACUCUAAUAUUAAAACAGGAGAAAUGAA